UUACAGUAUUAAUGCACGGUUGGGGAAGUCUCUCUUAACUAAUCAACUAGUGUGAACUCCGUACCUGUGUUGACGCAGAGGGGUCCGUCCCAGCCACAUUCAUCGCAGCAUUUGCUACUCUGAUUUUCAUGCCUAAAAGUAUUUCUCAAACACGGAAUCCUAGCCAAUUGAAAGCUAUGGCAUCUGCUAUCAUGGAACACCCCGUGGUGGGCUUGUUGAAGUCGCUCAUGUCAAUCGUGAGCACCAGCGAACUUGAAGAAAGCAUUGGUGUCUUCCUAGAACAUCAUCUUCAUUCCCUAGGAUUCACCGUCGAGCGCAUACCCAUUUCACCAGACUCGUCUCGCCAUAAUGUCUACGCAUACCUUGGCUCUUCACGCAAGACACGCGUACUUCUGACAGCCCAUAUGGACACUGUACCACCGCAUAUUCCGCUAACGAUCGACGGGGAUAUCAUCCGGGGAAGAGGCUCGUCCGAUGACCUUGGCCCGUUGGCAGCCCAGAUUUUAGCUGCCGAAGAACUGGGAAAGGAAGGCAAGGUACAGGAAGGAGACAUUGCCCUGUUGUUUGUUGUCGGUGAAGAAAACGGCGGUAACGGCAUGAUCGCUGCGAAUGACAUGGGCUUAAAGUGGGAAUCCGGCAUCUUUGCUGAACCGACUGAGAGCAAACUUGCAAAGGGUCACAAGGGGCAGGUGGCAUUUGAAGUGAUCGCCAACGGCGUCGCAUGUCACUCGGGAUACCCCCAUCUCGGCAAAAGCGCAACUUCUGCGUUGCUGGCGGUGUUGAACGACCUCUCCGCAGCAACUUGGCCCGAAUCCGACCUCCUCGGCCCUUCCACAUUCAACAUCGGAACUAUCGAGGGAGGCGAGAAACAUAAUAUCGUCGCCCCGUCCGCCAAGGCACUAUGCGAGGUUCGCAUGGUUUCCGACCUGCCCGGCAUCAAGACCAAGGUUGCCGAGAUCGUUUCACGACAUCCGGACGUGGAGUUGAAGUUUGUUUUUGAGUAUCCCGAAGCGUUACUGCAAUGGGAGAUUGACGGCUUUGAUGCGGCUCCCGUGGCUUUCGGGACAGACGUACCUCGACUCAAGGCGGAGUACUGCGACAACAGGGUGCUGUACGGACCAGGGUCGAUCCUGGUAGCUCACGGGCCCGACGAGUUCAUCCGUGUGCCGGAGUUGAUUGAAAGCAUAGAGGGAUACAAAAAGUUGGUGCUUCAUUUUCUCAUGUAGGAAAUCUCAUGUAGGAAAAUCCAAGGGCGAAACAUUACUCCUGAGGCGUGUGGGGUAACGUGAGACAAUGUUGUUGGUUAACUGUGGAACACAAGGGGGAAGGUUUGAUACUCGCGAUGUGCUCGUAUUGACAGCCGAGUGGGAUGUGACCGGGGUGUUCGUCUCAACUGUACCCUGGUAUCGUCUCAUCUCGACCAAAAGAAUUGAUCGCCCC